CGCGAUGGGUAUCGCAUUUACCCUCUAGCGCUGACUCCGACUCCAUGGACAACUACCCGUCCCCCGAUUUCCGCUCGCAUUUUCCCUCGCACACUAAGCCUAGAGUAUGGCUCAUCACCGCGGGGGGAUUCGCCCAUCGGGAUCUCGGUCGCUCGGCAGGCCCUAGCGCACGGUGACUUUGUACUGCUUGGGCUAGCGCACUCGGUUUUGGAACGCGACGAGCGCCGUCGGAAUGGGUUUGAAGCUUUCCUGGCUGAGAUCGAGGAGCACCGCGACGAGGGAUGGAAGCAAAGGACAAAGACCGUUCCCUUGGAUAUCAGGAUGAUGGGCGAAUGUCAGGCAGUGGUUGCUGAUGCAGUCGCGGCAUUUGGCCGAGUUGAUAUCCUCCUAUGCUGUACAAGUCAAACUCUGGUCGGGACCGUCGAAGAGCUAUCUGCUUCACAACAGACCCUCAAUCUCGUCCGCGACCAAUUCGAGGUCAACUACUUCGGACCUCUCAAUAUCAUAAAAGCCGCCCUACCUCAGAUGCGCAGAGAAAGCACCGGUCAUAUAAUGAUAAUAUCUGGAAUCACGGCACACAUCGGCACGCCCGGACUGGGAAUGUACUGCGCAGCCGGCUGGGCCCUCGAGGGCUUUUGUGACGUGAGCAACACUCAAAUUAAUGAAUUCAGCAUAAUCUCUAAUGCCUCCAACCAGAGUCUGGCUUACGAAAUCGCCCCAUUCAAUAUAAAACUCACGAUCAUCCAAUGCAGCAUCGAAAUUGGAAUCCUCACAAACCUGGUCACCAGCGUCCCGCCCAUAUUCCCUGCCUACUCGCCUGCCAAUAACCACGCACCUCUGUUCCGUGGUAUACUAAACCACCUUGUACCGCGACUCCCGGACGCCGCGUCAGAAGGAGUGAACUCCGCAAAUCACCCAAAAGACCAAAACGAGAAUUCCCGCGUCAGCUCAAUUGAAAACGGCCCUUUCUCAGUCCCGGAGAUUGUCUCCAUGCACCCGCCCCUGAGCUCUGCACAUCUCGAGGUCCUGGUCACGGAAACAGUAUACGCGAUUACUUCAAUUGGAGGACAUGAGAACCCUCCUUCUCGGCAUAUCGUUGGACAAGAGGGUGUUGCAAGCGUCAAAGAGAAAUUGAAAACUGUCAGUGAGGAAUUAGAGGAUUUUAUUCAGGCUAGUUUCGCUGUUGAUGUUGCUGCGGACUUAGAUGCCAUGCCGCCUAUGGGAAUGAAUGAUAGGCUAUUCUGA